CAAAGACCUUCGAUUGAUGGCACCAUUGAUCAGAGUAGUUAUAAGAACCUACGCUCUUAUGUUUAGCGCAACGACGCCACGCGCAUUUACGCGUUUUACGUCAUAUUAUAGACGUCAUAACGGUCAUUGAUAAAAACAUUAUUACAUUUUGUACAACAUUUGUGGACAACAUCACAAUCGAGAAUCGUCUACGUCUUCGCAUUGUAUUCGUCAUCGUAUGUGUGAGAAAAAAAUCUGUAGAAAGACGCAUGUCUCCAUGAUGUGUUCCACCUGAAGUGAAUUUACUUUCAAUUCUCGAUUGUGAAGUUGUCCACAAGUGUUGUACAAAAUUUAAUAAUGUUUUUAUCAAUGAGCUUUUUUGAAAAAAGCUAGGACAGCCAGGGGUACCAGUAGAUUUCAAGAUAACGACAGUAAACUCUUCUGGAAGUUCCGUUUCCGGCUCAGAAGUGAAUCUCCGUGUUCAGUCAGCUUCCGGAAGUGACGUACUGGAUUUAAAGAAGGUCUGGCCUGUGAAGAGACUCCCAGUGAAAGCCAGAUCAGCCGCUACUGCAGAGAGUAUACGCCAGUUUCCACACCUAGCCGAUAAUCACAUUCUCCGCUUGAUGUCGAGUGAUGUAAUGCUGCUCAUAGGUACUGACACACCGGAAGCGUACAUUCCCAUAGAAGUCCGCGCGGGAGAUGGUCAUCAACCGUAUGCAGUCCGGGCGCGACUCGGAUGGGCAAUACGAGGGCCACUUCCAGCAGAAGACAGCCUUAAUGACGUCAACAUCAACUUUGGACACUUUAGUGACGUCAUUUUGCAACAACAACUAGAAAGAAUGUGGACCGCAGAUUUCAACGAUGUAAUGCACUGUGAUAAACCUUCAAUGUCGUUAGAAGAUAUGAAGGCUAUGAAAAUAAUGGAAUCCUCAUUUGCGCAUGAAGACGGACAUUACGUGAUGGAACUUCCAUGGCGAGAUGAUGAAGUGUCCAUGCCAAACAAUAUUUCGCUGGCACAUAUUCGUUUAAAACAAUUUAAGAAGAAACUCUCGCGGGAGCCUAUACUUCACGAGAAAUAUACCGCGACUGUUAGCGAUUAUAUCCAAAAAGGCUACGCGAAAGAAAUACCGCAUGGCGAGACAACAGAUCUCACAUGGUACUUGCCGCACCAUCCGGUCACCAAUGACAACAAACCCGGGAAAGUACGUGAAGUAUUUGAUUGUGCUGCAAAAUUCAAGGGCGUGUCACUGAAUAGUAAAUUGCUUCAAGGUCCUGACUUAACAAAUAGUCAAGUGGGCUGAUACGUUUCCGACAAGAGAAUGUGGUCAUAAUGGCAGAUAUAGAAGCUAUGUUUCACCAGGUGCGCGUAUGUGAUGCUCUUCGCUUUCUAUGGUGGCCUGGUGGUGGCAUGACAAAAUCUCCAAAGAUCCAAAGACGUACUGCAUGCAAGUUCACCUGUUUGGGGCGACGUGGUCGCCGAGCUGCACGGCAUAUGCGUUAAAACGAACUGCAUCAGACAACGCUGAAAUGUAUGAUGAAGAAGUGAUAUCGACAGUUCACAGAAAUUUCUAUGUCGAUGACUGUUUGAAGUCCGUAGGAUCAGAAGAGGCAGCUGUUAAACUUGCUACAGAGUCGCAGUCCCUUAUGAAGCGUGGCGACUUCCGGUUGACCAAGUGGCUAAGCAACAGUAGGAAGGUUCUCGAUGCUAUACCGGAAACGGAACGUGCUCCUUCAGUCGUCAAACUUCAACUCGGGGACUCGCUACCAAAAGAUCGUGCUUUGGGCGUUUUAUGGAACGUAAAUGAUGAUACGAUUAAUUUCAAGGUGAAAUUAGAGGACAGGCCUGUCACAAGAAGAGGUAUGCUUUCUAUAGUAAGUUCGAUAUACGACCCUCUUGGAUUGGUUUCUCCGGUCACGUUGCGAGCAAAGGCAAUUUUACAGAGCCUAUGCAGAGAGAAGAUCGGUUGGGAUGAUGUCGCGCCGCAGAUAUCCGGAAACGAGUGGCGGCGGUGGCUUUCAAGUCAACAGCAUCUGGAAAACGUUGCCGUAAAACGUUGUUUACGGAACAACAACACUGGAAAACUAAAAGAUGUGCAACUCCAUGUCUUCAAUGACGGUUCCGAGUUGGGCUACGGCGCAUGCGCAUACUUGCGUUUAGUAGAUGAAAACGACAGUGUUUCAUGUGCCCUUGUCCUCGGUAAAGCACGACUGGCUCCUAUUAAGCAGAUUUCAAUACCACGCCUUGAGCUGUCAGGGGCCGUAACUGCAUGUCGGUUGAGCUCGAUGAUCUCAAGUGAACUUGAUUUGAGGAUUAAUAGGACAGUAUACUGGACUGAUUAGACAAUAGUACUUGGAUACAUCAGAAAUGUGUCCAAACGAUUUAAGACAUUCGUUGGGAACCGGCUUAGUAUCAUACAUGAAAGAAGUUCAGUACAACAAUGGCGCCAUGUUGACUCCGGUUCGAAUCCCGCUGACAUUGCUUCAAGGGGAAUUGACGCCAACGAUACAGAUGGGUUCUUAAAUAUAUGAGAAUGAUGUCGCAACGUUUACUGACGUCUCGAGACUCUUCAACUGAGCGGUGCCAUUGGGGUCAAAAUCUGUUGCUCAUUGAACACAUACGAUCGUCAGAAGAUUUGUUUCUUGCAUUUAUGUGUAGAAAGCUCUUGUGGCACUUUGUGACUAUAUUGCGUCACGGCGUCUAAAUUGAUAAUCUAUUGUUUCCCAAAGUUCGUUUUAAGUCGCGUUGUGUAAUUUUUUGAUUUGACUUAAAUGACCCAGAUUCGUAGAUUAUUCAUCAGUUUGCAUAAUAAGGCAACAAGUCUUUUUGUAGCAUAUAACAACUUUUAUUCUUGAUUAAAUAUUGUAUUGUAAAUGUAUUUUAUUCUUAUUUGUAUUGUAAUUCUUCUUUAAGAAAUUGAGACAAGAAAUAAUCAGAAAAGAAAUAAACAAGAUACUCCAACACAAAAUAUAAUCCGUCCAGAAAAACAAAUGUCCAAAUGUCCGUCUCUCUUGCACUAUCCCGUGAAGCCAGAAAUUGGGAUAUUCACUUGUGCUUAUUCAAAACCGCUUGGCUUGAAUGGCUCGCUGCCUUGGCUCUAAUGGCUCGCUGCCUUGGCUCGAAUGGCUCGAAUAGAGGUCUCAACACGGUCCGUUUUAUACAAAAAUGGUGACCUUGGUGCUGACCUACUUGUUUUAGGGAGUAAACAGCGUUAUCCAUCACAUUAACAUAAACUCAUAACCAUUAAAAAUAUAACAAUAAACGGGAUAUAAAAAUGUCCAUUAAUUUUUGGUCGUUAAAUUAUU